GUUGUUUUGAACAGACUGCUUUUAUUACGUGCAGCAUUUCUUGUUUUUGCUUAAUCAGCGUAUCAGUGUGAUAAAGAGAUCAUUCAAUCAUAGAGUUUUAUCAAAAGAAAUCAUUUGAUUUUCAUUGAAUCCAUCAAAAUUUUUACGUUUUUGUCACAUUCGGAUCGACCAAUUGUCAGAAUGUCGGCGGGUAUGGAGUUUCAGACCACAAUUCGGAAGAUGCAUGAGGUCGUACACAUGGACUUCUCAAAUUGGACAGGUGCACAAGUGGGACGUCAUUUGUAUCGAGCUGGAGAGGCUCGCAUGAAAGGUGAACACUACAUGUUCCCUGGUUACAUAAAAUUUCCCAUCCGAAAGUACGACAACAAGAACCCAGCCCAUCUUCCAUUCGAACUCGACAUGACAGCUUGGCCGAAACUGAUCGUUAUGGAGAAUGGUGCUGCUGAGUGGAACGCAAUGCGAAACCAUUGGAAGGCAUUUGUUCCGACAUUGUUGCAAGCAGGUCGAAGCCAAUUGCGGCGAACAGGAAUAAUUCCAUCACGACAAGGAAAUAAUGGUCAACAACCAGGUCCACAACGACCAAGUGCCACGUCACCGAAUGUGAGUGCUCCGGGUAAUCGAACAGUCAAUGGUCAAAUUUCAGCUUCAUCACAGCCUGGUGGAGACGGUUCAGUACAAGCUCGUCAAUCGAGCAACGUAGAUGAUCCACGUCCAGGCACCAGUACGCAACAAGAACCGAAUGUAAAUCAAAUUCAACCCCUUCUUGAUGAUGAUGCGAUGCCACAUAUCAACAUACUUGAAUCUAUUCGAGAUGUAGAAACGCAAUCGAACGUAGAUGUGACCACUGCACAACCUUCGAAUGCUUCAGCUCCUGGUGUGCCACUCCCCAAUGCAUCACAACAUGGUUCACAUUUUUCGCGCGGUGUUCAACCAGUUCUUGACAACGUAUCGGCAUCGACGGCAAUUGAACCGAAUGAUGCAGCUGUACACCUCCCACCGGAUGUCGUUCCGGAUGUGGCUGAUGAAGUAGUGGAUUUGCCUCGUGCCAAUGAUAUUAUUGAUGAUGGUGGCUUUGGCCCUGAAAAUCUGUCCGCCCUCAAUCGUGCAGCGAUCGCCGAUUUUGGUUAUCGUCCAGUUACUGAUCGAGAACCGCGGCAAGAUCAGAUCAAUGGUCUCGGUGAUGAGGAUCAUUCUCUGGAGCAAAGUUUUGUCAUUAGUCGACCGAUCCUCCAAGCCCGACGUCGCACAAAUGUUCGCACCAUAGAUCCAAACAUUCGCACUGAAGAACUUCCGGCCGAAGAGCUUCGCCAAUUGAUAGAAGAAGCAACGCAAGCUCUGGUGAUGCCAGUGGUUCCAAAGCAACCAAUUGCAACAUCUACACCUGACCGUGGCCAAGGUACAGCCAUCAAUGUCACUGAUCCAAAUGCCGACGCUAUAGCACCAGGACAGCUCUCCGUGAUUCUGGAAGAUAUGGUCGUGCCACCACCCGAUUACGCUGACACCAGUAAUGUUCCCGGCAUUAAUGUCAUUUCGCCUGAUGAUGGUAACAAUGCAAGCUCAGUUUUGGCGCCACCAGCGCAAACUCUUCCUGGUCAAGCCUCAACUCUUCGCGGUGCUGUUGAAAAUACAUCAUUUCAGCUGAUUCAGCCAACGGAUCAUGAAAAUCAGAACCAACCAACGGAACAAGACAGUCUCGACGAACAUGGUCUACCACGACGCCGGGAUCCUGGUAGUGCCAGUCGUGCGAUCAAAAAGGCUGUUAGUAAAUUGGGACGAAAUCGGCAAAACAACCCACGCCCACCACAAAUUCAGAUCCAACGCGUUCCAGAACAUGAAGUCACAUUGCAUCCACGGCUUGGAAAUCGACCCGAUUUGUCGGCAUUCUAUGAUCGCAUUUAUGAAAUGAUCUUUAAUGAGAAUGUAGUUGAAAUCGAGAGUUAUCUCGAACAUUAUGCAAACGUUCCGGAGCGUAUGCAUGCAUUGGCUGCAUUGGCAGAUGUUGCCUCCGAAGGUCAAAUUUCAAUUGAGCGCGAUGGAGCCAACGGCCCGAUUCUUCGUUUCCGCCGAGAAAUGUAGAAAUCGUUGAAAGCACCCUGUUCAACAAGUCUAUUCGACGAACAUUUUUCUUACUCUUUUUCAUUUUUAUUCAAUUUUUAUCUUUAUUUUAACAAGAUAUUCAAACAUGAA